AUGUUCCGUCCCGCCGUACGAGCGCUCGCCCGCGCACCCGUCGCCGCGCCCUGUGGCCCGGCCAGCAGACGAUUGAUAAGCACCGGUCCGACGAAGUCGAGAAGCUGGAAAAACACCGUCAUCCGCCUCGGUUUGGCCGGCGGUGCCAUCUACUAUUACAACACCAGCAGCGCAUUCUCGAAGGAACCUUCCUUCUCGAUUCUCGCGACGCAGAAGGAGAACGGCAAUGGAACCACCGAGACCCUUGACUCCAUUACCCCGAAGAUCCGCGCAGAGCGCGAAGCCGCCGCCCGGUCCCAGCCGAAGCCCCAAUCCGCCAACCUGGAAGGUGGUGUGAACCCUGAGCAACUCGAGGAGGAAGCUGGCCAGGAAGCUGCCUUCAACCCGGAGACCGGCGAGAUCAACUGGGACUGCCCGUGCUUGGGUGGCAUGGCGCACGGCCCAUGCGGAGAGGAGUUCAAGGCGGCCUUCAGCUGUUUCGUGUACUCGCAGGAGGAGCCCAAGGGCAUUGACUGCAUUGAGAAGUUCCAGGGUAUGCAAAAUUGCUUCCGCGCCCACCCCGACGUGUACGGCGCCGAGCUGGAAGACGAGGAGGCCGAGGGCGCUGCUCCGGCCGAGCAACCGACUGCCGCCGAUAUUGACGCUGCCUCGCAUCCCGAGGAGAAGCGGGCUCGCGCCAAAGACGCCAAAACCCAGGUGAAGGCCGACAACGUCGAGAAGGGCGAGCACGCCGAGAGCGAGGCGCUGGUUCCCAAGGCUGCCCACGACGCCGAGCAGAAGAAUCAGGAGGUCUCGAAAUGA